AUGCAGGUGACGCUUGUGGCGAUUCGUCAGGGGCUGCUGUGUAACAUGAAAACAAAGCAACCCAAAUUUAUUACUCCCUUAUUCACGAUGCUAAAUUACUUCAAGAUAGCCGCAAACAUUCUGUUCCGAUUUCUCAAAGCAGUCUACGAUCUUAUUUCAUUUGGUGUCUACAUUGUCCAACUCUCCAUUCGUGACUUGAUAUCGACUGUCACGAAUCCCUUCCUUCCCAAUCGUCCAGUCGGGGAUGUUAUACCCCGUGGGUACCCAGGCCAUGGAGGGGUUUGGCCAGAGUACACGGCCCCUAAGCGAGGAGAAGAUUCCCGCUCGCCUUGUCCAGGACUCAACGCUUUAGCUAAUCACGGGAUCCUGCCAAACAAUGGAAAACGUAUUACCUACGCACAAUUAUCGCAUGCGAUCCAACAUGCAUACAACCUUGCACCAACUCUAGCAAGUCAGCUUACCUCUGCAGCUAAGCAGCUGGACCAAGGUCGAGGCUGGAUUAAUCUCCACGAUCUCAACGUCUUGAACGUUGUCCAACAUGACGCCUCAUUUACCCGUCCCGAUAUCGCAUUCUGCCCGGACCAAAGCAUCCCGCACACCGACCUGAUUAAUAGAUUACUCGACCACGCAUCGGAUGGGAAGCAUCUCUCACUGACCGACUUUUCCUACUACUCUGGUCUUCGCCGUGCGGAGUGCAAACGGAGUAAUGGCCAGUACACACUAUCGGGGAGUUUCAUCCACAAGAUGAUCGGAUCUGGAACCAGCGCCCUCAUGUAUUCAAUCUUCGGUGGGGAUAUCGAAGCGCUACGGGCGUGGCUUGUGGACGAGCGUUUCCCAGAUGGCUGGGAGCCGAAGAAUAGGGAGGCUCUCGGCCAUACAAUUGCCCAAGCAUUGACUACCUCUCUUGCCGUUGAGUUUAGUAUCGAUGAGAAGCAAGCCUUGCGGGAAGGAGAUGUCUUUUACCACGAGUGA